AAACACCAUGGAACGAUCUGAGGUGGUUUCACUGAAGAUCCAGAUCUGUAGCUUUAAGAGCCAGAAUUAGCAGACCAUUAUCAAAGAUUCACAAACUAUAGGUGGGAAAUUAAUUUAAAAAAUAUAUGUAACCGGGUGGAAAAUGAAGCGCUGUUUACACAAAACGCCACCAGAGGACACUCUUGUUAUUUUUGGGGUAACCCCUGUGACCUGACAACGCGAGAUUUUGGGGCUCCAUAAGAGACCAUGAUAAUCAGGAAGCUCUCUCUCUCCUUCCUGAACGCAACACACACGGUUUGACUGGCAUUGUUAUCUCCGGUUUUCCAAGAAACAAGAAGACUGCUAGGAGCUGCCAGGCUAGAGCCCGCGUCUGUCCAUUGAACACAGUGUUGUGAAAGCUCAGUGUUGGUCCGGUGUUGUGCUCAGAAGAUGAGACUCGGCUGGUGAAGACUCUUUUUAGUGGAUAUAAUAAAGUGGUUCGUCCGGUGAAUCACUUCAGCGAAGCCGUUGUGGUGACGGUCGGACUGCAGCUGAUCCAGCUCAUCAGUGUGGAUGAAGUGAACCAGAUCGUGACGAGUAACGUUCGUCUCAGACAGCAAUGGAUGGACGUGAACCUGAAGUGGAAUCCAGACGACUACGGAGGAAUCAGGAAGAUCAGAGUCCCAUCGACGGAUAUCUGGAAACCUGAUCUGGUGCUUUACAACAACGCCGACGGAGACUUCGCCAUCAUCCAUGAAACCAAAGUUCUGCUGGAACACACCGGGAUGAUCACCUGGAACCCACCGGCCAUCUUCAAGAGCUACUGCGAGAUCAUCGUCCUCCACUUCCCCUUUGACCUGCAGAACUGCAGCAUGAAACUGGGAACGUGGACGUAUGACGGUCUGCUGGUGGUCAUCAACCCCGACAGCGACCGUCCUGACCUCAGUAACUUCAUGGAGUCUGGUGAGUGGGUUCUAAAGGACUACCGGAGCUGGAAGCAUUGGGUUUACUACACCUGCUGCCCCGACACGCCCUACCUGGACAUCACCUACCACUUCCUGAUGCUGAGGCUGCCGCUCUACUUCAUCGUCAACGUCAUUAUCCCCUGCAUGCUGUUCUCUUUCCUGACUGGACUCGUCUUCUACCUGCCCACCGACUCCGGUGAGAAGAUGACCCUGUCCAUCUCCGUCCUGCUGUCCCUCACCGUCUUCCUGCUGGUCAUCGUGGAGCUCAUCCCCUCCACCUCCAGCGCCGUGCCCCUCAUAGGGAAGUACAUGCUCUUCACCAUGGUCUUCGUCAUCGCCUCCAUCAUCAUCACCGUCAUCGUCAUCAACACCCACCACCGCUCGCCCAGCACCCACACCAUGCCGGCCUGGAUACGCAAGGUCUUCAUUGAGACCAUCCCCAACAUGAUGUUCUUCUCCACCAUGAAGCGUCCCAGCCAGGAGAUCCGCCAGAAGAGGCUUUACCCCACCGACAUGGACAUCUCCGACAUCUCAGGUAACCCGACACCGACCAGCGUCACCUAUCAGUCUCCCAUAUCCAAGAACCCGGACGUUCGCAGCGCCAUCGAAGGAGUCAAGUACAUCGCUGAGACCAUGAAGUCAGAUGAGGAAUCCAACAACGCGGCGGAAGAGUGGAAGUUCGUUGCCAUGGUGCUGGACCACAUCCUUCUCUGUGUUUUUAUGGCUGUUUGCAUCAUUGGGACCGUCGCCGUCUUCGCCGGGAGGCUCAUCGAGCUCAACAUGCUGUAAACCGUGAAGGACGGAUCAGAGAAAAGUGUUUUUCAGUGGACUGGUUCAGGUUUGUUGUCUCAGACAGAGAGAUGAAGGCUGAGCUGAUAUUUAAAGAUGGAGAGUGCUUUCAGUCGUGUCGUCUCCGAGUUUGUCGUUUUGUGUUGUUGCUGAAAUGGCAGUAAAAGAAACGUGGAGGCGUCUCAGAGACACUGUGAGGUGCGAGUCUUACUUGAAGCUAUUCUUGUCACAAACACUUUUUCUGUUGUUUGUCGUUUCUGUACAGUUUGUGAAGCUGCCGUCGCUCUGCUGAGUUUCUCUUCUGACUCGCAGGAUUGUGUUCUGUUGUUUUUUGGCAGCUUGAUUUGAGGUUUGGGUCACAUAUUCUCUAAGUGUUGAAUGUUUUCUGAGUGCAGGCGAGACAUUUUCCUGUCAGGAAGUUUGAUUGAUUGGUUUCGUCUGACACUUAUCUGACGUUUUAUUUCAAGUCUUUUCUACUUUGAGUACUAUUCAUGGGAGAGUUGCAGGAUUAGAUUUGAUUGAUUUUCAACCACUGUGAAGGUUUGAAGUGGUCUGAAAACAUCUAGUCUGUGGAGUUACUGCUGGAUGUUGAAGCAAUGAAGCUUCUUACAGUUUAACAGCGAGGACACCACGGUGGAAGAUCACUGAAAGUCUGAAUGAUUGCAGAUUUACAGGAAAUCUUCAGAUAUCUUGCUGGAAUAUUCCUUUUCUUCAUCUGGUCGACCAGGAUUCUGGUUCAUCCUCAGACCUUCAUGAUGCAUCCAGAAAUGUCUUCAAUAUACAGCCCCAUAUCAUCAUACUGCCACCUCCGUGCUUCACUGUCAGGACCAUGCAUCCACUGUGGUAGUCCUGGUCAGGUUCUCACCAAACAUCUGGACUCCAUCUGAGCCCAACUCAUUGAUCUUCAUCUGACCAAAGAACGUUCUCCAGCAUCCAUCCAGCUUCUUCUCGAGUUCUUCAGCAAACUUUCAUCUGGAAGUUUAGUUAUGAGCAGCAACCAGGAUUUUUUGGGGGUAAUCUUUGACAAAUCGUAAGUAAUUUUUGGAUAGUCUGUACCUCAUUUUGGAUUUAUUUUGACUCGUCUAGUUCAAUUUGGCCCUGUGACAGACUGGCGACCUGUCCAGGGUGUCCCCUGCCUUCGCCCGAGUCAGCUGGGAUAGACUCCAGCACCCCCCAUGACCCUAAUGAGGAUGGAGCGGUGUAUAGAGGAUGGAUGGAUGGAUAGUUCAAUUUGUUUUGGUCAUUUUGGAUAAAUUGGGAAUAAUUUUGGACAAAAUUUAAGUUUGUAAUGGUCAGAUGUUGAGUCAUUCUGGACGAGAUUCAAGUAAUUUUGGCCAAAUUUUAGAAUUUGUGACGAUUUUGAGUUAUUUUGGACUUUCUGGUUUUGAUUUUGUUUUUAUGUAGGAACUCCCACCUCCAUGCUUCACUGUCAGGACGAUGCGUUCACUGAAGUAGUUCCUUCUAAGAGAGGCUAAAAUGACCACAAGGAGGCACAAAAUGAUGACAUGGCACAAAAGAGGGCCACACAUUCACACAAAAAGCCUCCAUGCUUCACUGUCAGGACCAUACAUCCACUGUGGUAGUCCUGGUGAGGUUCUCACCAAACAUCUGGACUCCAUCUGAGCCCAACUCAGUUAUCCAUCCAUCCAUCCAUCCAUCCAUCCAUCCAUCCUCUAUACACCACUUUAUCCUCACUAGGGUCAUGGGGGGUGCUGGAGUCUAUCCCAGCUGACUCAGGCGAAGGCAGGGGACACCCUGGACAGGUCACCAGUCUGUCACAGGGCUACAUAUACAGACACACAAUCACACUCACAUUCACACCUACGGACAAUUUAGAGUAACCAAUUAACCUCAGCAUGUUUUUGGACUGUGGGAGGAAGCCGGAGUACCCGGAGAAAACCCACGCAUGUACAGGGAGAACAUGCAAACUCCAUGCAGAAAGAUCCCAGGCCGGGAUUUGAACCGGGGAUCUUCUUGCUGCAAGGCAAAAUGCUAACCACUACUCCACUGUGCAGCCCCAACUCAGUUAUCUUGGUCUCAAAAUUUCUAGAUUGUUAAAGUAGUUCACUGUCCGUGGAGUCAUUUUAAGAACCCUGAUUAGUGGUACUAUGACUCUGUCGAGUCUCUCAGUCAGACUUUCUCUUCCUCUGUUCAGUUCUUCUCCAUGUAGAGCCAUGAUGCAGACAUAGAUAGACCCAGUCCAUAGGUCCAGGACUGAGAAGGUUCUGUUGUUCUCAGCUCAUUUUAGAACCAUGUUCAUCAGUCAGACUGGUUGGAAUCACAGGUUUUCUCCCGUCUGUUGUGUACUUUUUGUGUGUUGACUGUUUUCCAGCAGUAACUCCGCAGUACUUCAGCAUCAUAAUAGUAUAUUUAAGAAGUUCAGCUGGAAUUGUGCAAAUAAAACUAAAUACUUCAGCUGCUGUGUUGCUGUUUCAGUGAGCUGAGGGCGACUUGAUUUAUUUUGCAGCCGUGAUUCCUUGAAUUAAGACUUCUAAUUCAGUGUAAUGAUGCAGUAAACUCAUUCUGCUGUGAUCAUUUCUUGAUUUUUAUUUGCAGUUGUGUAGAUGUGGAACAGAGUGAAAAAUAAAACUCAUAUCAACACACUGA